AUGACCUCUCUUUGGCCACAAUUCAUUACGUCAACGCCUGUUACAGAAAGGUACUGGUCACAGUUGACAGAUAUUCCACUAUUCGUCUCCUACCAAUUGAUGAUUCUCCACAAAGAUGUGCAGAACGGCCACGAAUCAGUGGUGGCAUGUGGAAAUUCAAUUCCAGUCCGUUGGCCACUCAAUGACUUGCCCGAUGGGGGAUGGGAAGCUACCCUGCAGACUGGCAUUGAGAACUAUCACGCCGGUCAUAAACAGCCUCCCAAUUUGCUGUUCGCCCUCAGUGUCACGGUGAACCCUGCUCACAGACAGCAGAAGCUGACUGAUAUUCUCAUCCGCACAUUGAGAGGGCUCGGUAGUCAGGCCCAUUUUGAAGCCUUGGUUGUACCUCUACGGCCAACUAGGAAGAGCCAACACCCUAUAGUGCCUUUACAGGCGUACGUGAAUUGGAAGCUUGAUGAUCAUACCCCGUAUGAUCCAUGGCUGAGGAAACACCUCAUACACGGAGGCCAAAUCUUUCGAAUCGCUCCCCACAGUAUGACAAACACCGCACACGCAGAUCAGUGGAAAGACUGGACUGGAUGUGACUUAGCCGCCUUAGCCAAAUCAGGCGUGGAGACCUGCUCAAAUGGACAUGUUGACGUGCCUAUUCCCGGUGCCCUGGUACCUGUCCAAUAUGACCCCGUCUCUAAGACUGCUUCGUAUGUGGAGCCCAAUAUCUGGGUAAUUCACCCAAUGCAUUAA